CGCUCCCUUAGGCCCCACCCCUCAAUCGGCCUCAUCCUCACUUCCUGGUCUUGUUUAUUACCAGGAAGACCCGCCCUGACACCUGCCUUUCGCCUCGUUCCCCACUCGGGUCUAUGGGCACAAAGGCCCGCCCCUCGGUGCCAGCCUUUCGCCUCACUCCAAGUCCCGCCCAAUGCCCUUAGCCCCGCCUCCAGCACCUGCGUUUCUGCUCACUCCUAAGUCCCGCCCCUCUGGGGGCGGGGAAAACGCCGGUUUUGUACCGAGGAGGCCGAGCCGUGGCCGGGGCUUAACCGUCCCUUCCGCGGCUACCAAUGGAGACCGACUGGAGGCGGGACUUUAUCGGCUAGCAGCCAAUCACCUUGCUCAGGAGGGAUGGGCCCUGUGACUUCUGGGUACCGGAGUGGUUGCCUCUCCCCUCGCCCCGGAGCCCGGGAAAACCCGGAGCGGGGAGCAGACAGAGCCGGGCCGGGCCGGGCAGUCAAGCGGGUUCGGGCCGGGCCGGGGUCUGCAUCUCGUGGAGCGCCCCGCCCCCGCCAUCGCCCCAGCCCGACGCUGCAGGGACCCGGCCCCGGGACAAGAGCGGCCCGGGAGGCGCCCCCCAGAAGCCAUGGAGCUCGGCGGCAAGAAGAAGCUCCACGCCCUGUCCCUAGCGGAGAAGAUCCAGGUGCUGGAGCUCCUGGACGAGUCCAAGAUGUCCCAGUCGGAGGUGGCGCGGCGCUUCCAGGUCUCCCAGCCCCAGAUCUCCCGCAUCUGCAAGAACAAAGAGAAGCUGCUGGCAGACUGGUGCAGCGGCACGGCCAACCGCGAGCGCAAGCGCAAGCGCGAGUCCAAGUACAGCGGCAUCGACGAGGCGCUCCUGUGCUGGUACCACAUCGCCCGCGCCAAGGCCUGGGACGUCACGGGCCCCAUGCUGCUGCACAAAGCCAAGGAGCUCGCCGACCUCAUGGGCCAGCGCUUCGUGCCCAGCAUCGGCUGGCUGGUGCGCUGGAAGCGCCGCAACAACGUGGGCUUGGGGGUCCGCCACGUCCUCCCUCCUCCCCGGACUUCCCUGGAGACUCCUCCCCUGGGCGCCGACCCUCACACGCCCUUUACCCUGAAAGACUUUUCCCCGGAGGAUAUUUUUGGCUGUGCCGAGGUGCCCUUAUUGUAUCUGGCGGUCCCGGGUGGGAUGGCCCCGGGCGAUCGGUUCCAGGUGUUACUGUGUGCCAACAGCGGAGGGACGGAGAAGCGCCGGCUGGUGGUGGUGGGGGGCCGCCAGCGCUCUCCGCGGGGCUUCUUUGGGGUCAGCAGCGAGGCUCUGCCCGUCCUCUACCGCCCGGGCCCAGGGAUCCCAUGGGCGGACUGGCUGGCCCAGCUGGACCAGGACAUGGGGCGGCAGGGCCGGCACGUGGCCUUGUUGCUGACCGCCCAGCCGGCCAAGGGUGCCACGGACCUGCCCGAGCUUCAGCACGUGAGGCUGCUGCCUCUGCCUGCCGACGGCACCAUGCCCUGCUUACCCACCCCUGUGGUGCAGGACUUCAAGAGCCGGUACCGGCACCGGCUCCUGAGUAAGCUGGCCGCUCUCCGAGGGGCCGCAGAAAGCGCAUCUCUGACCGCUGCCGGGGCCGGCAUCACGGUGCUUGAUGCCUUGCAUAUGAUGGCAGCCGCCUGGGACAGGGUGCCCACCAAUUUCAUCAGGAGCAGCUUCGCCCUGGCUGGCCUGUGGCCCGGCAGAACUCCUCCGUCCACAAAAGAAGUGCCCAUGAUGCCCCCCCUGCCCGGCGGGCUGAGACCUGACGAAUUCUCCCACUUUGUGGACCUGGAAGACGAGGAGGUUGGCGGGGGAGGAUGCAAGGAAGAAGGGAGCAGUGAGGGCGAGGAAGAGAGUGGGGACGACGGCUUUGUGCCUUUGCCAACCAAGGCAGAUGCUUUGCGGGCAUUGGGUACCUUGAGGCGAUGGCUCGAGUGUAACGGGGCUUCCCCUGAACUUUUUGGGAAAUUUUAUGACUGUGAAGAGGAGGUAGAACGCAUGUGCUCCCAGUGAGGGUCCCCCGGGCCUGUCAGGGGGGUCCCCUACCUUCUUGUUUCCCAUGGAAACGCUAACCGAGGGCACUUUGGAGAUUUCUUUCCCGUGGAAAUAAGAGGACUUUUUGUGGAGAGGGGAGAAGCAGAAGAGUUUUAAACUGGUGCCGGCAGUGGGCCAAGUGGUCCUGAAUGCAUUGCCUGGGACCACUUUAACCCUCUGGGAAAUUCCAGGGAAUUAAACAAGAAACCGUCAAGGGGGAAACUGGGGACUUGGGUUAAGGGGAAGCUCGGCUUUAGCGUCCGCAUGAGGACUCCGUGAAUUCUGUGUUCAGAACCGGUUCUGCUGAAUUUAAACCAAGGAGCCUGAGUGUCACCUGACCCAGACCAGAGGUGGGCUCCCCGCCACCUUCCCCUGUCUGCUGAGCCUUUCAACAUCCACUCUGACUGCUGCCUCUUCCCCCUCAGAUCCCGGUGCUCCGGCCCAAACUUCCAGGCAGGAUGAGUCUUCUUUCAAAAGGCCCCCAAAGCAACAUGAGAGAAGGGGCAGCUGCGUUAACCACCCUGUAGCAUAUAUCCCCAGUAGGAAAAGAUUGAGUCCAGGAAACAGCUGGGAAGUAGUUCAGGGGAGGGGUGUCGCACCCGGGAUUCUUGGGUCCCAAAGAGACGACCGGUGAGUGCUCCUUUGGCUCACCAAGGCCAGGUCCCUAAUCGUCUUGAAGACUUUCUAGCCAUCUCCUUUCCCCAGGAGAACCAAGUCAGGAGGCCGGGGCCUGAUGAGGGCAUCUGGCCAGUCCCGUAUUCCUCCAAAGCUCAGAAUUUCUAGACUAGCAGAAGGCAGAUGGUCCCUGGGGAAGCCGAGACCUUGUGACCUGGGUCUUCAAAGCGAGACCUCCUUUGCUGCCGUGAAGGCCGAAGUGUGUGCUGGUACCUACAGGAAGUGCUCACACAGAAAUGGCCGAAUCUCUGCGAUGCAGGGACGGCUCUGCACCUCGGCCUGAAGGGGUUGGAUUGGACGGGACCCCUUGGAGUUCUGACUGACUAAGGUCACCUCAAACUGAGAGCCUGAAGGGAAGGCCCUCGUUUGAAAAGACAGAAUUUCAAGGGAUUCUUGCUUUUUUUUUGCCGAGUCCCCGGGGUAGGAAAUGAUUGAAGAAAGCAAGAUGGAGAGUGUUGGAGGAAGUCGUGGCUAUCUUCAUUUACUGAGGACAGACCCCAGCAUGGUCCAGCACCCCCUCAUAAUACGCGAAUCCCUGGAAUGCUUCCUAGUUUCAGGGACGAGCCAGCCUGGGAAACGCCCGCCCCUGCUACUUAUUUGACACCAGUGGCUGCUUGUGCCUAAAUACUGAGUUUGGCUGCGGGCAUGACAGCCUCAACUCAUUCAUUUUUUUUGAAGCAGCAAAUAAAUGUAUGAAUAUUCCUUUAUAACUCUAGGGGGAAAAAAUGUGCUAUUCAGCUGGAAUUAGGGGAGAAAGGAAGUGUUUAAUAGUUUAAGGAAAGCUUUAUUCCAGGAUACUUUGGGAUCCAACCACCUUCCUCACGACAGAACAGUUCCAGUUUUCCUCCUUAUCCCUCCUUUUUUCUCCCCGAGAUUCUGAGCCAUUGUAAGAAGAUAUUCCAAAAUCCCUCGAGAAUGGCCUGGGAGUCGGUCAGGGGAAUAGGGCUGGAAGGGAGUUGGGCUCAACCGUUCCUUUUGCAGGGAGGCUCGGCAAUGACUGGCCCAAAGUGAUAUAGUUAGGAAGUAGCAGAUCUAGUAAAUUAGCAAGCCAGGAUUUGAAGCCUAGAUUUCUGACCCUGUGUCUUGUGCUCUCUAGGUAGAAUCAGAGGACUCUCUUUCUCCCAGAAUUACAAAGCUGGGAGGAAGUCUUAUCUGGGCCCCAUCUCUAGGAAGGUUAUUGAUGAACUGGCUUCUCUUUAAAAGGUCUUUACAAAUAAAGAUUCUAUUUCUUCCCUUGGA